CCACAAAUCCUUUCGGUUUUCUUGUAACACGAAAAUGGCGUCGAGGGCACCAGCUACAACUGGCCGACUCCUGUUGGGCUUUAGGAAGUGGUACUACAACGCAUGCGGUUUCAACAAGCUUGGACUGAUGCGUGAUGACACAAUCCAUGAGGACGGAGAUGUAAAAGAAGCCCUUCGCCGGCUCCCGGAGCAGGUCUACAACGACAGGAUGUUCAGAAUCAAGAGAGCUUUGGACCUCUCAAUGAAGCAACAGGUUCUUCCCAAGGAACAUUGGACAAAAUUUGAGGAGGAUACGCAUUACCUUGAGCCAUACUUGAAGGAGGUCAUUCGAGAGAGAAAGGAGAGAGAAGAGUGGCAGAAGAAAUAGGUUGGCUGUGAAGAACUUUGUGUUUCUUCUCUUUGGUCUGGUGUCUGGUGUAUUGUAUUUAAGAUAAAGUGUACCCUGUGGGAAGCCUAUAUACAUAUUAAACAUUUCUUUCUGAC